AUGGACCGAACAAUCGCGCCUGAGGCAUCCGGGAAUCCGUUCUCGACACCGAUCGCAUCCAUUUACUCCAACCUUCCAGGCUCGACAUCGUCUUCUGAGCGACAAGGUCCAACCGGUACACUGCGCGUGCGACGACGGUUUCGAAGUUCCCGCCUAGUUGGAGAAUUCGAAAAGCCCUGGCUCAAGGAUGGAAAGCGGAUCCUUGAUUGGGACCGUGUCAUCUUUUACACUGGUGUUCUAAUUGCCUUGGCCGUCUCAGGGUAUCUCUGCUACGACUCUGUCGCCAAAGUGCCAAAACACGAGUACUGUUUAGUCCUGGACGAAGACUUUGCCACUCUGGACAAAAACGUCUGGAGCCAUGAAGUUCAGCUGAACGGAUACGGAACCGGCGCCUUCGACUGGACGACCGAUGAUCCCCACAACUCGUACGUCGACGCCCAAGGCCUGCACAUCGUUCCGACCCUGACCCUCGACACGACGGACAUUACCCCGGGCCAGAUGAUGGAUGGAUACGUCCUCAACCUGACGCGCGACGGCACCUGCACGACCAAAGACCAGCGUCUCUCUGACCUCUCGCAGAUCUCCCGCUGUGCCGUGCGGAGCAACUCCACCUCUGGCCAAAUCAUCAAUCCCGUGCGAUCGGCGCGUCUGACAACGGCGGGAAAGAAGACGAUCAAGUACGGUCGUGUGGAAGUGGUUGCAAAACUGCCAAAGGGUGACUGGCUUUGGCCUGCGAUUUGGAUGAUGCCCCAAGACAACGUAUACGGCGAAUGGCCGGCAAGUGGCGAAAUCGACAUCGCCGAAAGCCGCGGCAACGACGCGGAGAGCUACCCACUGGGCAACAACAUCGUGGGCAGCGCCAUGCACUGGGGCACCGUGUACACGAACGACGCAUACAAACUCAGCCAGGGCGAAUGGGGCGCGCAGCGCACCAAGUACCCGGACGGGUUCCACACGUUUGGGCUGGAGUGGUCGGAGGAUUACCUGUUCACGUGGCUGGACGGGCGCCUGCGGCAAGUGCUCUAUUUCGACUUUCGCAAGAACAAGAACAUGUGGAACUAUGGCAAGUUUGCCAGUAUGAAUGUCAACGGGUCCGCGCCCGAGGACCCUUGGUCCCACACCGGGAGGAGGAAUACACCCUUUGAUCAGCCGUUUUAUCUUGUGUUGAAUGUGGCCGUGGGGGCGACGAAUGGGUAUUUCCCCGACGAGGUGGGUAACAAGCCGUGGACGGAUGAUAGCAAGACGCCGAUGCGAGACUUUUGGCUGGGAAACGCGACCUGGCGAUCGAGCUGGGGGGAGCCGGACACACGCGGGAUGGUCGUCAAGUCGGUGCGCAUGUGGCAAGAGGGGGCCUGCUAG